AUGAACGAAACUCUCAUCCCGCCGGGGAUCGGCGGCGAGUCCGCCACCCUAAGCCCCAUUGCCAUGUUGGACUACCUCUUCCCCGGCUUCACUCUCCUCGCCAACUUUCUGCAAUCCCACCUCGGCAUCAACCUCAACCUCUACAUCCCCGUUAUUAUGUCCUUUUCCUUCGUCGCCGCCGCAUGGCGCUAUCUGUCGUCAUACCUCAACGACCUGAUGGAAUCCUAUCUCAUGUCUGUCGUCGACAUCCGCACCGACGACGAAAUCUACAACAUGCUCAUGGGUUGGGUCGCCCAGCAGACCUUCUCCCAAGGCGCCCGGCGGUUCGUGGCAAACACCAACCUCAACUCGAGGAUGUACUGGUGGAUGUGGGGGUCCAACGACGACGACGACGAAGAUGACGGAGCCGAGAUUGACGAAUCCGGCUGUGUGGUCACCAAGAAGAAGAAAAAGGCUCUGGCUUACACGCCCACGUUUGGGAGUCACUGGUUUAUCUACAAGCGCCGCCUGCUCAUCUUCAAGCGCCAGCAGCCCGCGACACAAAGCCCUUUUUACACCGCCAGCGAGAGGGAAGAGAUCUCCAUUUCUUGCUUUGGGAGAAACCCCUGGGUGUUGAAGGAGUUACUCAACGAAGCGAGAAGCAUGUACCUCAAGCGCGACGAGGCCAAAACUCUCAUUUACCGCGGCGCACUUAAGGGGACCGGGUUGGAGCCCACCUGGCAACGUUGCAUGGCGCGCACCUCCCGCCCCUUCUCCACUGUCAUCCUCAAUGAGGACGUAAAGAAGAAGCUCAUCGACGAUGUGACUGAUUACCUCAACCCUGCCACGAGGAGGUGGUACGCCAACCGAGGCAUCCCCUACCGCCGCGGGUAUCUCCUCUGGGGCCCCCCAGGCACAGGGAAGUCAUCCCUCUCCCUCGCGUUGGCAGGCUUCUUCAAAAUGAGAAUCUACAUCGUCUCUUUGUCGUCCAUGACCGCCACAGAAGAAAACCUCGCCUCCCUCUUCGCUGAACUCCCCCGGCGGUGCGUCGUGCUGCUGGAGGACAUUGACACGGCCGGUUUGACCCACACCCGCGACCCUGCUUCCCAACCUGAUUCCUCCUCCCCCGGCGGCGAACCCCCCCUCCUCCUCGCCGCCCCCCCAGUCCCAGACCCGAAAAGUAAACCCACUCCCCUCCCCGGCCGCCUCUCCCUCUCAGGCCUCCUCAACAUCCUCGACGGCGUCGCCAGCCAGGAAGGCCGCGUGUUGAUAAUGACGACCAACCACCUCGAGAAACUCGACAAGGCCCUCAUCCGCCCCGGCAGGGUAGACAUGCAAGUCAAAUUCGACAAGGCGGACACCUCCAUGGUUGCCGCCAUCUUCCGCGCCAUCUACGCCCCCCUUGAAGAAGACACCGCCCCCGCCCCGCUAUCUUCAUCUCAAUCCCCUGCUCUUGCCGCGCUCGAGAAAAGACUCAACCCCCGUUCCGACGCCUCCCGGAAAGAAAAGGACGAGAAAAAACAAGAGGUCUUGAACAAAGUCGACGCCCUAGCAAAAGAAUUCGCCUCCAAAAUCCCCACCAUGGAGUUCUCCCCUGCCGAGAUCCAGGGUUUUCUCCUGAAAAAUAAACGCAACCCUGAAAAGGCCGUCGAGGGGGUGGAGGAGUGGCUUGUUGUUGCGAGGAAGGAGCAGAAAGAAAGAGAGGUGGAACAGGCCAAGAAGAAGGAGGAGGAGGCGAAGAAGGCGGCGAAGAAGGCUGCGAAAAAGGCAAAGAAGAAGGCUGCGAAGAGGAAGGCGAGGGGGAAGAAGAGGAGGGGGGAUGAUACCACUGAGAGUGAGGACGGGACGGACAGUGAGAGCGGGAGUGAGGCGGAGGAGAGUGAUAGUGAGGGGAGCGAGAGUGAGGAGGAGAAGACGAAAAAGAAGAAUAAGGAGGGGAAGAGGACUGAGAAGAAGAAGAAGGGGAAGGAAAAGGAGAAGAAGCUGGCGGUGGAGGUUAGGGUUGAUACACCCCCUCCGAGCGGCUCUGAAGCCGACAAGGUGGCCGUGCCUGGACUCAAGCUGGAUGAGAAGCCCGCUGCUGCUGUUGUUGUUGCUGCUCCUCCGGCGAAGGCGAUGACGAUUGAUACAAAAAAGGCUAAUGAGGAGGAGGUGGAAAGGGCGCAGGUGUCGGGAGAUUCGGGGUAUGGUGCUACUGCUGCUGAGAGGGAUGCUGUUGCUCCCGUUGAGGUGGUUGCUUGA